UUUAAAAUGGCGACAGUAUUAGAAGCCUUGUCCUAUCUUCGAACUUUAACCUCGAAUCCACCUGACGCACAGGCAUCAGAAAAGAAGAAAGACUUUGACGAGAUUCUUCUGUCUAAUAUGCAGCGUUUAAUGGAAACUCUCCGUGAAAAAGGAAAAUUUCCGCAGAUAGGGCGCCGAUUACAAAUUCAAACAAACACGCAAGUAAGAGAACUGGAAAAGUGUUAUCAUACAUGCAAUGGAACUACAGAGGUUGUUGAAAAACUUCAUACAGAUAAAGAGAAUCAGAAAAAGGAGGAUUUUUCAAAUCUCAAAGAUGGUAUUCGGUGGACUUUCGUAGAAACAUGUUUAGAACUUUUAAACCUGUUGAAAGAAGCUUUGAUCGGCGUUGCAAUCGAUGAGCAAGCUAGCGACAAGGUAGAUUACCAAAAUAGUGGAAAACGGGGUGAUAAAGUACCACGGUUACCCCCAGACGCUCUCGGCGUUGCUGAUCAAAAGACAGUAUUGACAGCUAUCCAGUUUAUGGUUAUAUUGGGAAUUUGUCCUAAUCUGUUAUCUGGUGUGGGUUUGCCUGUUGAAAAGCGAUCUGGGUUUGCCUCAUUACUGAACAUUCACUGUAGCAUUAAAAAUGAAAGGCGCUUGUUUGAAUGUAUUAGUACGCUUGUUGACUGUACAGAACAACCUUCACUUGGUGCACUGGUUUUGUCAAGGCAUUUAGGAGAUGUACUCGCUGGGCUUAUGCAGCUUUGUUAUGCACCUUUUACUGAUUAUUCGAAAGACAAGAAAGGCUCAACUGCUUCUACACAUGGGAAAAGGGAUUACUUAGGUUCAGGUACUUCUAAAACGGUACAUGAUGGCUUUUGUGGGGAUCCUAAUUCAAGUAUUCAAAAUCCUCAUGGCACAACAAAAACUGACUCAAGUGCUGAACCAUCAACAAAAAGCACCUCUUGUAAUAAACUUGAUCCAGGUGCUCUCUGUGCACUAAAAAUUAAUCCCCCAAGCAGGAGAGUGGAAAAUGAUGAAAUGUUAUUCAUUACCUCAUCUGAAAGGGAAAAAUGUAGUCAAGAUCUUCAAAGAAUUCUUGAUCGUGUUUACCAGCCAAUGGUUAUUAGAGAUCUUCUGAUACUCCAGGGAGGAUUUUCAAGUGUUGAGAAACAAUCUGCCAAAAAUAACACCAGAGAAGCAUCUGGUCAUCAAGGAGUGAAUAAUGGAGGAACACCAAGGCAGACUCCAAGGUGGAUGAGCAAUAUCUGUGGUCAACUUCUUUCUGAAAGGCUUAUGAAGAAAAAUGGAGUGAAAGCUGUGCUGCAUGCUCUUCUUGACCGAUCAGCAGGUGGGGCCGGCUCUCCUGACUGGAAGAAAUGCGAUGUCAUUGCCAAAUUGAUAGCAAACUGUCCUAGUCAGGCAGAAUCCGUAGAAGAGUAUUAUAAGUUAGUUUCUCCACAGAUAAUCGAGUUGUUACAUGGGCAGAGUGCUGGUGUUGGAAAGCUUUAUAUGAGGACAGCAUCAAGUGUUAUUAUGGAGAUGUUAACUCAGUACCCAGAGCUUGCUCAGAAGUAUGUCCUCUCUUCAAUUAUUAGACCUUUGGCCCAAACAACUGAGAAGCAAGGAGAGAAUACAGCGAUAACUGCAGUCAAUGAAAACAAAGUGGCACAAUGUAUUGAAGACAUUCACAAGGUAUUUGUUUCCAGUUCACCCAAAAGUGCCCUUAAUUUGUUGCUGCCAAUUGUUCAUCCAAUAUUUGAGCUCUUCUGUUUCACCAGAAAGGGAGUUUCUCAUUUAAGGUCUGCUCUCCAAGAAAUUCUUGUCCAAGUACUCAAGCAAGCUGAGCCAUACCAAGUACUCCAACUUUUAUAUACCCUGGCUUUCAAAAUAACUCCUUCAGAUAAUUUGUCUUUAUCAAAAUCUUCCACAGACAGUGAUGCAGCCACAAAAGAUGGAACAGAAGUGUUUUUAAUUCCUGUUAUGAAUGAGAAUUUUGUGUUUGCAUAUGGAGAUAAUGGUGGAGCUGUGAUCAAAUAUCAAAAUGAUAGUGCUGAUGAGGAGCUCAAUAUAGGUAGUAUCUUGGGAGACUUACAAGGACAUGAUUUGAGUGGCAGUGAAGUCCGAGCCCAGUGCAUUGUGGAACUUCUGAGUAGCUUAAAGAAGGAUGGUAUUGCUGGAGACUUCUUUAUUUACCUGAUGCAGGGGUUGACAAAAAUCAUAUCAGACUUCUCAGAAGAGAUUGACUACAGAGAUGUGAAACACAAUCUUUUGAUCCUUCAUCUUGUUGGGCUCAUGUGCGAAAAGCUAGGACCUUCCAUUCUAACAGACACUCCCCACAUAUUGGCCUUUAUAGAGUCAACACUGAUACGUGCCUGUGCCAUCAUCCAUGCAGAUGAGCAGGGACUGGAACUGGCAUUUGUCACUGAAACUCUCACCAUGGCCCUUGGGAUGUUGUCGGCAGUGCUGAGUGGAGGAGGACUGGAGUUGAAAAAAGAACAUCGUUCCCAUGUUCAAAAUCUUUUGCCCUUACUUGAAACACUUGCUGAACAACACCCUUCGCCAGAGGUUCGAGAUAUGGCCAAUGAUCUGCGCAUCGCCAUAGCGACACAUGGAGCUGUGUGGAGCCACAAGAUGGAGGCUACAGUAAUGAACUUCGGGAAGCAAACCGAUUCUGCCGGGACGGAUUCUGAAUCUACAACCGUCAAAGGAAACGAAAACAGUGAAGAAGAAGAUAAAUUCGACGACGCCUUCUCUCAGGUCUGCGAUCCUUUGAUUCCCGUCCGCGGUCAUGGUUUGUUGAAACUAGCCUCCCUCCUCCGCCAAAGGGACCCCAAAGCUGUUCAAGCCACAGACACUUUACUAAAGAUCUUCUUGGAACAAUUAUCUCACGACGACUCCUAUAUUUACCUGGCUUCCAUUCAGGGGCUUGUCUCUUUGGCUGACGUUAGGGCAGAUACGGUCAUACCACUACUCGCUCGCGAGUUUGUUGCUAGUACGAAAGACGCAGGGAUUACAGCAGGCGCCACAAAGGAGGCGAAUGACGAGGGGUAUUAUGAACCAGGUGACACAGUUUCACGUGGAACAAGCCGAUCUACCAGAUCUCCUGAAUUAAGAAUGAAAAUCGGAGAAGCACUGGUAAAAGCCACUAGAAUCUGCGGUGAACUGGUGCCAAGGUAUUCCCAGCAUCUCUUGCCAGCCUUGUUGACUGGUGUCAAAGACCCUGAGUCGUUGGUGCGGGCCAGCAGUCUCUCCAACCUUGGUGAAGUGUGUCAGUUGCUAAGGUUCUCGUUGGGUCCCGUUGUGAACGAGAUUUUCAGUUGUGUAUCCGCUGUACUAAAGACCGACAAGUCGGCCGAAGUCAGACGCGCUACAGUCCUUGUCCUAACUUUACUACUCAGAGGACUGGGGAAGAGUAUAAUGGAGGUUCUAAGCUCGACUCUGAAGGAAAUCUACCAAUUGUUGAAAAUAGUGGAGUCAACAGAUCCCGAUGACGUCACUCGACUGCAUGCUCAAACUGCUCUUGAUGAACUAAAUAACAUAACAAGAGAAUACUUGUUUCCUGAACCUUCUUUUACAAAACGAAUUCAAGUGUUACCUUCAUAAAGUCAAGCUUUAAAGUCGUUUUAGGGUCAACAAAAUCUAUCUCAUUUACCAAACACGUUGAUAGAUAUAAAGAAUAACUAGAUGUUCUAUCUGGAGAAAACGUGUCUCUGUUGUUUCCCGGACCAGAGAUGACUCCAGUGGCAAUGCCUAGACCGCUGGAUGGACCUUGGAUAGAGGGGCUGGGAUCGAUAACGAGUCAAGGUCCUCAUGUUGUGUUCUUGAGCAAGACACACUGAACUCCAACGCCAGAACCAAAGAGUCGUCUGCACUUAGUUUUCUUUCUGUCUUGGUUGUAAAUGGCAACGUUGUGUUGGCUUAAACAUUUUGCAAGAUGGUCAA